AUGUUGAAUGAUGUCCACACCACAUCGGUUAAUGAUGCUGAGCAAUAUGAGUCUUACAGAUGGUUUGGUGAAGGUGGCAUGUUCCAGCAUAUGAUGAAUGGAAGUAUAUUUAAGGUCAUCAGCAAUGCCAUCACAGUAGCUGCAAAAGAUCACCCUGAAGAGUUCAAACUCAAAAGGGGUGAAAUUGUUGAGACAGAGAGGAGCUUUAAAGAUGAGCCUCAAGGUGUUAAAAGUAGGCCAAAUGGAAAUGCAGUUGAUUUGGCACAUUGUAAGGAGGCUGGGUGUGAAGCAGAGGCCUUAGUUGAAAUGAUCGAGCGAGAAAAAGAGCUUAUAGUUUGUAAUGGAGAAGAAAUGGCUCUUGAUGAUGAUUAUAUCCAUUCUGUUAUUCAGGAGCUUUUAUGCAAAGAAGCACCUACCCUCUUGCAACUCAGAGAUGAGACUUCAAAGUGUUGA